UAGUGGUCCGAUCAUCAAAGUGCCGAAGUCGCAGCGACGUACAGUCGAAAUUUGUUGCUUGGGUCGAACUGCAUGGCAAGCUUUGUUUUUGUUUACGUUUGCUGCGAGCCCGCCAUUUCUCAUCAACCUGCGGCCCUGUUUGGGUUGUUGCUUUGGGGAACAAAAGUACUCUUCUCGGUGCCAUAUGAACGAAACAACUCGAUUUAACGUGAGCUAUUGCUCCGAUCCGCUGUUUAAGCUGCGCGUGCUAAAGCAAGCAACGGUUGAGAAAUGUGACAUCUGUUUGCUGAACGAAAACAACCCCUUACGCUACGGCGAGUUUGUCGAGAAGGUGUACAAAACGCAGCGAAAGAUACGAGCUCACUACUUUUGUUUGCUCUCCGGCACCAACAUUCCCCAGAAUGGUUCAACACCGGCCGGCAUCGCCGGGUUUAAAAUAUCGGACGUGCUGAGCAGCUAUGCGGAGUAUCGCGAAAAGCAAUGCUACUACUGCCGGCAUCCGUCGGCCCCGGUCGAGUGCGCCCAGGCCGGGUGUGGCCGCCGGUAUCACUACAUCUGCGGCUACAGCAACUCCUGCGUGACACAGUUUGACGGUGAGUUUCGCUCCUACUGCGACCAACACCUCCCGGAAGGGUGUCGCGUGCCGGUGACGACGAAGGGUCGCCGCUGCUCGAUUUGCUUCGAGGAUCUGCCCCAGGUAACGGAGCCGGACUACAAUCCGCUUUCCAUCGUGCGGACGCACUGCGACAGCGAAUGUCCGCCCGGGCUGCUGCACCGCGAGUGUGUGCAGCGGUUUGCCUACACGUCCGGGUACAAUUUCAAGUGUCCACUGUGCUGGAACAAAGCAUUCCGGGUGCAUGCGGCCGAGGUCGGCAUUUUCAUACCGCAGCGCGAGUCGGCCUGGGAGCGUGAGCCGGGUGCGUUUAAGGAUCUGCACAAGCGCAAGUGUACGGCCGUUGACUGCAAGGUUGGAAAUGGGCGGAAUGCGGCGAACCAGCUGGUUGGGUGCAAAGUUUGCGGUGGCCAGCUGAUGCACCGGCAGUGCUGCGGGGUGUCGGAAGCGGACGACUAUCUUUGCAGUGGGUGCAGGGAUGAAUCGUUCGUGCGGCUAGUUUAAUUAAGGUAACGGAUACUGGGGAAUCAAUCAUUGUAGAUUUCGGUUUUUUUUAAAUGAUUUUUAAGUCUACCGUAAAAUAAACCUUGUAUGGAAAGCUGUA